AUGGCAGUGGAUGUUUUGGUAGGCGCAUCAUGCGAUGUCAAUCUUUUAUAUUUACAAUCAUUUUUGAUUAAUCGUGCUUUACCAGUUGGUUUUCAAGUGGAUUAUUCGAGGUUAUCAACGAGUUGGUGUAAAUUUCGAAUUUAUUAUGGUCUCGUGUUAGCCAUUACAUCUCCAACAUUGGUGUGCAUAGCAGUGGUAGACAGAUAUUUAUUGUCUUGCUGUAAUGCUAACUUAAGAGCAUACAGUUCAUUGAAAAUUGCCAAAUUCGCCAUACAAAUAGUCAUUGCAUUCUGGAUGCUUGAAAAUAUUCCUGCUCUCAUAUUCUACAAUAUCAACGCAAGUUCAGUCUGCACUUAUAAUCGUCCUGAAUACACUAAUUAUUCAUCGUAUGUACUAUCCCCUAUACUUUACGGCUUAGCUCCCAUACUAAUCACAUCCAUCUUCGAUUUACUCACCUACAAAAAUAUGCGUCAACAAAUUGCUCCAUCAUCUUCAAGAGAGCGUCGUGAUGCACAAAUGUCAUCAAUGAUCAUGUUACAAAUAGUGUUGAUUGUUGUAUCAACACUUGCUGCUAUGAUAAGAAAUAUUUACGUUGGCAUCACAUUAAAUAAUCAAAGAGGUCCGUCUCACGUGAUAUGGGAGAAUUUUUUGGACAAAUAG